GCGAGCUGUGCGGCCGCUCACAUGACGUUACCCAGCAUUCCCCGGGCGCUCCGUCGCUCACCGACGCCCCAUUGAGGAAGAAGCAGGGAUGCCUGUCGCUGUCGCCUCCGACAUGGAUUUCAAGGUUGCCUUUUCGGCCUUGGAGGUCGCGUGUGAAGAAAAUAUCUCGGCUUUUUCCAACCCUUCUGCUGAGCUUGCCUGUGGCCCUGUGACUCAGCGCUUGGUAAAGUGCAUGAAAAAGAUUCAGGAACACGCUCGAGCUAUUGAGCCUUUGGUCGACAGCUUCACUGCCGUCUAUCACCAUUAUGACUUUGACGCGCAAACGCCUGGAAAUGGAUACCGCAGCCUGAUCAAGGUGAUCCGUUCAUGUCUUUUACACGUCCUGCACAAGGCUCGCUACAUUGCAUCAAAUCACUCGAGCGCCUUCUUCCGAGCGGAACACAACGCCUCGGAGAUGGAGGCCUACUGCAGCGCGCUCUGCCAACUCCGAGCGUUGCUCUACCUGGCCAAGCGGCUGAUCAACGACAACGAUUUUGGUCAGCUCUACUCCCUUCAGGACUUGGACCUGAGUCACAGAUAUGUGCAGGAAUACAGCUCCAUGCACAAAGCUUGUUUUUAUGGACGCUGUCUGGGCUUUCAGUUCACACCGAGUCUUCGUCCGUUCCUCCAGACUAUCGUCAUAAGCAUGAUCUCAUACGGUGAGACGUAUGGGAAACAGCAGCCCGGGCUCGGUUUAGCAGCCCUGUCUCUCCUCACGUCGGGAAAGUACGUCAUCGAUCCAGAAUUACGCGGUGCAGAAUUUGAACGCAUUACUCAGAACCUGGACAUGCAGUUUUGGAAGUCCUUCUGGAAUAUCACAGAGUCUGAGAUUUUAACAAGCUUGUGUCGAAUCGCCUCCUACCCGGUCCAAUUGAACCUGACGCUAACGAUACCUCCCGUUCCGUUACUCCUCCCCCUGUCAUCGGACCCAAAUCUGUUUGCCACUGUGUCACCUCCACUGGCCCACUGGGGUCCCGGCCCAGUCCACAUGCGCUUGAUCUCCCAUGAGAUUCGACAAGGACAGGACAGUGAGGAGCUCUUGUCUUUUUCUCGCGGCGAUCCGCCCUCCGUCUCUGCUUCCAAUCUCCCGUGGGUGCAGAAGCAGCCCCUUUCCCCGUGGUUGCUCAUUCAUUUCCACGGAGGAGGCUUUGUGGCCCAGACAUCCAAAUCCCACGAGAACUAUCUGCGAAGCUGGUCCAAGAGGUUGAAUGUUCCUGUUCUUUCUGUUGACUACUCUCUGUCACCUGAAGCCCCCUUUCCUAGAGCUCUUGAGGAAUGUUUCUACGCUUACUGCUGGGCUUUGAAAAACUGCCGUCUGCUAGGCUCGACGGCGGAGCUCGUCUGUCUGGCGGGCGACAGCGCUGGCGGCAACCUCUGCAUCACCGUGUCCAUGAAGGCCAUGACCUGCGGCAUCCGGGUCCCCGACGGCAUCAUGGCGGCCUACCCUGCCACCUUGCUCACCACCGACGCCUCGCCCUCCCGCUUGCUCACGCUCAUUGACCCGCUGUUACCUUUCGGCGCUCUUUCAAAGUGCCUCAACGCCUAUGCAGGUGUGGACUCACAGAUUGCACAGCCUGUUGUGGGAUGCAACAGUCUGAGAACCUUAGGUAGACACACCACGGAACUGCUCAGUGAUCUCACACAGGGAGCCUCCAGCUGGAUCCAGUCCUUCCUGCAGCCCGUGUGGCCCAUAAGCGGAGCCCACUCAAGAGCAUCAAGACACGGAAAAUCCACACACAGUCACACCUCCACUCCAAACUCCCACUGUCAACUGGAUUACCCAGAGGCCUUUGAGCCCCUGCGCUCCGAAAGCCUCGCACUUGUACAGCCCACCUCCUGCCCAAUCAUCAGAAACCCGUUUGUGUCGCCGCUGCUCGCGCCCGACAGGCUUCUACGAGGCCUGCCGCCUGUUCACUUAGUGGCCGCCGCUCUGGAUGCUUUACUGGAUGACUCAGUGAUGUUCGCCAAGAAGCUGAGGAACAUGGGCCAGCCUGUAAGCUUGACGGUGGUGGAGGACCUUCCGCACGGCUUCCUCAGCCUGUCACAGCUCUCUAAGGAGACCGAAGCUGCCGCAGAAAUCUGCUUGGAGAAAAUAAGGGAGCUUUUUCUGCAAGGAAACACAAAAGACUGUUCUGGUGAAGCCACAAGAGAUUAAUCACACUAUGAUUAAUCAAUGGGAUUCUUUUUCUCGGAGUCUUUCCAUCGGAGAGAAAUGAAAAGAAUCAAUUACAAUUCUUUGGGAUGGUGAAAUUUAAAUUCAUGCCCAAAGGUUUAUUCUCCGUCACUGUUAAAUUCAAUUAAAUGCUGGUUCCCCCCCCCCCCACCCCUCCCUCGUUGGUUUUAUGAUCAACAAUGACGUUGUGUUUUGCCGAUAUUUGUGGAUAACAUGAAGUGCCUUUUUAACCUAUGUAGUGUAUGUACAGUACUGUAAUAGCUUUCCAAACAUUCCUUGGUUAAUAGUUUACUUACACAAAACAGUUUACAGAUUCAUUAUGUAACAUAUGAACAAUAUUGUGGCAAGAAAAAUGUAUUGCUCAGCAAUGAAGAUACUUGCUAUAAAUUGUUCUUUAUUUAUUAGUGUAAUAUUUAAAGCCUUAUUAAAUCAAAAAUGCU